UCUUUUGCUUUUGGAUGUGCUGGUCCUGCCUCAGGAAUACUUUAGGUUUGUGAAGGUGAAAAUCGCUAUCCGGGACAUCAAUGACAAUGCCCCGCAGUUCCCCGUUUCCCAAAUCUCGGUUUGGGUUCCAGAAAAUGCACCUAUAAACACUCGGCUCGCCAUAGAGCAUCCUGCCCUGGACCCAGAUGUAGGAACGAACGGAGUGCAGACCUACCGCUUACUGGACUACCACCGCAUGUUCACGCUGGAUGUGGAGGAGAAUGAGAAUGGGGAGCGCACCCCUUACCUAAUUGUCAUGGGACUGCUGGAUAGGGAGACCCAGGACCAGUAUGUGAGCAUCAUCAUAGCAGAGGAUGGUGGGUCUCCACCACUGCUGGGCAGCGCCACUCUCACCAUCGGCAUAACUGACAUUAAUGACAAUUGCCCUCUCUUCACAGACUCACAGAUCAAUGUCACUGUGUUUGGGAAUGCUACAGUGGGCACACCGGUUGCAGCUGUUCAGGCUGUGGAUAGAGACUUGGGAACCAAUGCUCAGAUCACGUACGCUUACAGCCAGAAAGUUCCACAAGCAUCCAAGGAUUUAUUCCAUCUGGACGAAACCACCGGAGUCAUUAAACUUUUCAGUAAGAUUGGGGGAAGUGUUCUGCAAACGCACAAGCUCACCAUCCUUGCUAACGGGCCAGGCUGCAUCCCUGCUGUGACCACAGCACUGGUGACCAUCAUCAAAGUCAUUUUCAGACCACCUGAAAUUGUUCCUCGUUAUAUAGCCAAUGAGGUAGAUGGUAUUGUUUACCUGAAAGAACUGGAGCCCAUUAACACUCCAAUUGCAUUCUUCACCAUAAGAGAUCCAGAAGGUAAAUACAAGGUGAACUGCUACCUGGACGGUGAAGGACCAUUUAGGUUAUCACCUUACAAACCAUACAACAAUGAAUAUUUGCUGGAAACCACAAAACUAAUGGAUUAUGAGCUACAGCAGUUCUAUGAAAUAGCUGUGGUGGCCUGGAACUCAGAGGGAUUUCAUGUCAAAAAAAUUAUUAAAGUGCAACUUUUAGAUGACAAUGACAAUGCUCCUAUUUUCCUGCAACCCUUGCUGGAACUAACUAUUGAAGAAAACAAUGCGCCCAAUGCCUUUUUGACAAAGUUGUACGCGACGGAUGCGGACAGUGGAGAGAGAGGCCAAGUUUCCUAUUUCCUGGGACCUGAUGCCCCCUCAUAUUUUUCCUUAGACAGUGUCACAGGAAUUCUGACAGUUUCCACUCAGCUGGACCGAGAAGAGAAAGAAAAGUAUAGGUACACAGUCAGAGCCGUUGACUCUGGGAAGCCACCCAGAGAAUCAGUUGCCACUGUGGCUCUCACCGUGCUGGAUAAAAAUGACAACAGCCCUAGGUUCAUCAACAAGGACUUCAGCUUUUUUGUGCCGGAAAACUUUCCAGGAUAUGGUGAAAUUGGGGUAAUUAGUGUCACAGAUGCUGAUGCUGGACGAAAUGGUUGGGUAGCCCUCUCGGUGGUGAACCAGAGUGAUAUUUUUGUCAUAGACACAGGAAAGGGCAUGUUGAGAGCUAAAGUCUCUUUGGACAGAGAGCAGCAAAGCUCCUAUACUUUGUGGGUCGAAGCUGUUGAUGGGGGUGAGCCUGCCCUCUCUUCGACUGCAAAAAUCACAAUUCUCCUUCUAGAUAUCAAUGACAACCCUCCUCUGGUUUUAUUUCCUCAGUCCAACAUGUCCUACCUGUUGGUACUGCCUUCUACUCUCCCCGGCUCCCCAGUUACAGAGGUCUAUGCUGUUGACAAAGACACGGGCAUGAACGCUGUCAUAGCUUACAGCAUCAUAGGAAGAAGAGGUCCUAGGCCUGAGUCCUUUAGGAUUGACCCUAAAACUGGCAAUAUUACUUUGGAAGAGGCAUUGCUGCAGACAGACUAUGGACUUCAUCGUUUACUGGUGAAAGUGAGCGACCAUGGUUACCCAGAACCUCUCCAUUCCACAGUCAUGGUGAACUUAUUUGUCAAUGACACUGUCAGUAAUGAGAGCUACAUUGAGAGUCUUCUAAGAAAGGAACCAGAAAUCAACAUAGAGGAGAAAGAACCACAGAUCUCAAUAGAACCAACUCAUCGGAAAGUUGAGUCUGUGUCCUGUGUGCCCACUCUAGUUGCUCUCUCUGUAAUAAGCUUGGGUUCUCUCACACUUGUAACAGGGAUGGGCAUAUACAUCUGCUUAAGGAGAGGGAAAAAGCAUCACAGGGAAGACGAAAAUUUGGAAGUACAAAUUCCACUCAAAGGAAAAAUUGACUUGCAUAUGAGAGAGAGGAAACCAAUGGCUAUUUCUAAUAUUUGAUAUUUCAUUGUGGAAUAGCACAGAGAUGUAGCUGACUCUGGGUAAUUUCCAUCACCUAAACAAGAGUGUGUAGAUGACAGUUCCAAUGAAGGACAACUAAUUUAUAACUUGUACUAUAUUGUAAAUAAGCUGUUUACAGGUUUUUAAACUUAAAAUCAGAGGUUAUAAAAUGUGUACAGCAUUUUUUUAAUGAAAAUUAGUACUAACAGCUAUAGAACUGUUAUAAAAAAAAGCUUGGACAUGGUUUGCAGCUUUCAUUCACCAAGCAGAAUGAUAGAACCUGAGAAUAAGGUAAGAAAAUGGUACAUUGCAUCUUUUUGUCUAAAAAGUCCUUUAACCACAAGAGGGCAUUAGCUGCUCCUUUGCAGGGAACUGUUUUGAGGUAUUGUACAGGACAGUUGUUGUACAUGAAAUUAACGAAAGAGUAUAUUUUAAAUAUAUUGUUUUUAACAUUUAAGAGAUAUGAAAUUGAAAUAAAUUGAAUUCCACUGCACUUCAAUGUAUGAUAAGAAAGAAAAGAAAUGCAUUUGUAAACAGAAUGUUUAUUACCUCACAAGUACAUCAUGUAUAGUUUGAAAGAGAAGGUGUUACAAAGAAGGGCAAUUUCUUUUUAGCAAGGGUGAAAACAUGGCCGUGUGUGUUAUAGAGUUGACCUGCUGAAGAGUAUUUCGCUCUCCAUGUACUCAAAUGGCUUUCUGUUCCCUUUACCACUGCGCUUGCUAUUAUUACAGGGGAAAUGUGUAUAUUCUCCCUUACAGACAUUGUAACUGGAAAUUGUGUCCAAGGAAAACAGCCAGGAGCAAAGACCUGUUUCAAUCCUUAGUUGCUUCGUAGGUGUUUAUGACAUUUUGAUGCUCUGACAACUUGUCGGUAGUACUUCAUACUUGGGUUAAAUAUUAGGUUUUUAUGUGCUUGAAUUCAUUUAUCACCUGAAAAAAUAAAAAUCAUAUUAAAGCGGAAUUAUUCUAGGAGCUAGUGUACACUACUGGUUGUUUUAGUUGGGCCCUUUAUAUAAAAGUUAUACUUAUCUUUUUGUUGUUUGGGUUUGUUGGCUACCGUUUCUGGCUUCCUUUCUUUGGCUUUGGAUUAGGUCCAAGAGUUUAUUUGUAAGCCCAGCAGCAGAUUUCUUUGAUAACUUAGCUUUUACUGAAUCCUUUGCAAUGAAGCAAGCUGGUUGCUUAGUGAUUGAUCUCUUUUACUUCAUUGUAUUGAGCUGGGAAUUUUAUUUUAUAUGAGAGCUAUAGCAAAAUAUCUGUGUAAACAAGGAAUGUGUUAGCUUAAGCUGGAUCAUUCUACUUUUUUGGCCUCAUGUGUCUGUACUGUACCAAACGUGUUUAUAUGUCUGCAAAUUAAAGGUAUAUAUUUUCAUAAUUUCUUUCUCAUUUUUACCAUUUUAUAUUUGAACAUGGGCUUGUUCUUUCACUGAAGUGCCUGCUACUGGCAUUUGUUUGCUUUUAGAAGUAAA